UAUCCUAGCCGACCAUUUUUCCAAGAGCAAAAUCAACAGCAUUUUUACCAAGUACAUGGAUAAAUAAUGCACCAUAAGGAACAAAAUUGAUUUGCCACUGCAAAAUGUGAGAGCUCUAAAUUCACCAAACAUAUAAAUCAAAAUAAACACAAUAAAAUACCUUUACUUUCCAAAGCUUUGCACCUGGAAAACCAAUCGUCUUUAGAUAGACUUUGAUCCCCUUGAAAGCUGGGAAAGCAACAGAACCCAUAAACCUAGAGUUUCUUUGAUCCAUUUUGGGAUGGUAACUCUGAUGGUGGUUGCUCUUGUUUAGCUCUAUGUGUAUUUGGAAUAGUGUUCUGUCAGUCUCCAGUUGAUUCCAUUUUAUGCCAUACAAAGAUACAGGUAUACCUGAGGAUAUGGCACAAGCACAGGAAGCUAAGGAGAGUCCACAACUUUUAAGUUGUGAUGCUUAUUUCGAGAACAUCCAGUCGAGGAAAAAACUACCACGAUCCUUGCAGGAGUCUCUAACAGCUGCAUUUGCAAGGAUUCCAGUUUCAUCUUUCCCUGAAGUACUUGGGGGCAAAGUGGUUGAAAUUCGGGGUGAUGCAAUAAUUGCAGAGGCAGUUAAAACUCUAUCUCACUGCAACAUUUUGUCUGCCCCUGUGAGGAACCCAGAUGCAGGAACCAGUUUGGAUUGGAGAGAGAGGUACCUAGGAAUCAUAGAUUACUCAGCGAUCAUACUUUGGGUGCUAGAGAGUGCGGAGCUUGCUGCAGUUGCUUUUUCUGCCAGUACUGCUACCGCUGCUGGAGUAAGUGCAGGGGCGGUUGGAGCACUUGGAGCACUAGCAUUGGGAGCAACAGGGCCUGCUGCUGUUGCUGGAAUAACUGUUGCUGCAGUUGGGGCAGCGGUGGCUGGUGGAAUGGCUGCUGAUAGAGGGAUGGGGAAAGAUGCUCCCACUGCUGCUGAUCAUUUGGGAGAGGAGUUCUAUAAAGUUCUCUUUCAAGAAGAACCUUUCAAAUCAACCACAGUACAGUCCAUACUGAAAUCAUAUCGCAGUGCUCCCUUCCUUCCAGUUGCAACAGAUAGUUCUAUGUUGAGCGUCUUAUUGCUACUCUCCAAAUAUAGAAUGAGGAAUGUACCUGUAAUCGAACCAGGCCAACCUUUUGUUAAGAACUACAUUACACAAUCUGCAAUUGUUCAGGGCCUUGAGAGAUGCAAAGGGAGGGAUUGGUUCGAUUGUAUUGCAGCACAUCCUAUUUCUGAUUUAGGACUUCCUUUCAUGUCUCAUAAUGAGGUUGUUACCAUCCAGAGCAAUGAGCUGAUUCUGGAGGCUUUCAAGAAAAUGAAAGACAAUAAAAUUGGUGGCCUUCCUGUGGUAGAGGGCCCAAGGAAGAAGAUUGUUGGGAAUGUAAGCAUAAGAGAUAUCAGAUUCUUGCUGCUCAAUCCAGACCUCUUCUCCAAUUUCAGGCAGCUCACUGUGAUGGAUUUCAUGACCACUAUUGCUUCUACAACUGAAGAAGCAGGGAACGUUAUCCAACCAAUGACAUGCCAUCUAAAUUCAGCUCUUGGUAGUGUGAUCCACACUCUUGCUGCCAAGUCAGUUCACAGGAUUUAUGUAGUAGCUGGCCAAGAAGAUGAAGUUGUUGGUGUCAUAACACUCAGAGAUGUGAUUUCUUGCUUCAUCUUUGAACCUCCUAACCAUUUUGGCAACUACUUUGGCUUUACUGUGAAAGAAAUGUUAAAUAAGUGAUGCUUCUGUGGUCAAA